AUUUUUUCUUUUUAAUAAACGUCAAGCUACGAAUUUUCAACUGCUGGAUGGCUGCAAAGAAGAUUCUUUCUGGUUUCCGAACAAAAAAAACAGAACCAAAGCGUGUGCAAAUACCUUUUUCUUUGUUGUGAUUUUUAAAUAUAUUCAGUGGUUAAGUAAGAUAAGUAAUUUCUAAUAAAUGGAAAACGAUAAAUCUGUAGAAACGCAACCAUCUAUCUCAAACGUCGAGCCUACGGCUUCAUCAUUAACACCAUCGGGUAUACUUGUAGAACCGCAACCGCCAUCAUUACAAGAGCCCAAAAGUCCCGGCUCUAGUUCAGGGGAAAUAGAAAAUGUAUUAAGCAGCGAAGCAGAUCCCGUAGUCGAUGUAUCCGGCAAUGCUGCAGAUUCUGGUUUUCUGAAACGUACGGCAGACGACGUAGCACAGACGGAUGCUAAGCGAUAUCGAUUAAAGCGACGUAAAAUAAAAGCCGCCGGAGCUCCUAAAAUGCCCCUUACAGGAUAUGUUCGUUAUAUGAACGUUCGAAGGGAUCAGUUGCGUUCAGAAUUUCCAGAAAAAACAUCCAUCGAAUAUACUAAAAUGAUUGGUGAGGAAUGGUCAGCAAUGUCAGAGGAUAAAAAAUCGCCAUUUCUAAAAGAAGCUGAGGUUGACCGACAGAGAUACAUAACGGAACUGAAUGAUUUCCUCAAAGACCGUCCAGAUAUACUAGCUUCCGAAUUGGCUAAAAACAAGAUUCGUAAGCGCAAGGAAAACCUCGUAGCAAAAUCAGUCCUCACCGAAAAGGCCCAAGUUAAUGGUAAUAACUUAAAUGGAAAUUCAUCGACUAAACCAUCAUCUUCACCUAAAUCAAUUGAAACCAUUCCCGCGGCUACUGCAAAACAUUCAACAAAACAGCCACAAAUUACUCAAACUACACAAACCCAUUCAAAUGUGAAUCGUCGCUUUGGGCAAACAAGUGGCGGGUUAUAUGAUAAUGGUGGUAUUCCAAUUUUCACUGAAGAAUUCCUAGAACAUAAUAAAUGCGUGGAUAUGGAACUCCGAUCAUUGCGAAAAUCUCACGUUGACUUUGAGCAGCAAAAUGCAGUGCUUGAAAAGCACGUUGAGAAUAUGAAAUUUGGAGUUGAAAAGAUGGUAAAUGAAAACGAUGAGUUACAAGAGAAGAAUCGUUUAUUAGAAAUGUAUUUGGACAAGUUGAAAUUAAAGCUAUCUCAAGCCCUUUCUGGAUUGGCGAUUCCUACAGAACCCAAUGGUGCCACUUUGGACAAUAUUGACAAGUAUAUGAGUGACUUAUAUAAAAUGGCAACAACAAACACUCACGGACCUGCAAGUCUAAAUAAGGCGAAAGAUAUAAUCCGAAAACUUGAUUUGACGAUUCAGCUUUAAUUUUUAAACGGACUUGUAUAAAGAUAAAAAUGGCAUUGCAUGAUAUAUGCUUAUUGAGUAUGUGAGGCAUUUAGAAGAAUUAUGAAUUAGUUAUUUUUUAAGUUUUGUUACCUAUAUUUAAUGCCACUUUAUUUCUUAGAUUUAGUAUUCUUCAUUCAAUAUUGCGUUGCUUUUGUCAAGUUUUAAAAAUAUACAUACUUUAUACAAAAGUAAAAAAAAAUUCUUUACUAACUUUUUCAAUUGUAAUAUGCUAGGGAGGUCAGAAUAUAUUACGAGUACCUCUGAAGAAUUUUCUAAUUUUCCUGUAUACAUAAACAAAAUUAACAUUAUCAGGAGAAACUACUGAAUUGCCGCCAACGCCAAGCAAACUAAAACGGACCUCGCUUGGAGAGUUGUGGAGAAGUGGGGGGUUAAGAAUCGGUAUUGAAAGAAAUAAUAAAAUUCAAAUUCAGAGUAACGUGGAUAUUUGCUUUGUAGAUAGAUCGAGAAAGAAAGGUGAAUGUGUAAUAAAAUCUAAGAGACAGCAACACGUAAUGUUUAAAUGUGUUUGCUUAAGUUUUAAAUUCAUACCACUUUAUAGUCUUCAUGGAGCUGUAUAAGAAACCGCUGCGUUGGUCUGCCUGUAUAUGCGGUCGCCGAACAUGUGUACAAUUUGUCAUAGAAAAUAAAACAAAAAUUGAAACUAUUACGGUUGUCAAUAUCAAUUGAUAGAUGAACGAAAAAUUUAUCAAUUGAGAGACAUUUUGGUAUUACGGUUGUCAAUUGAUAAGCUUGUCUCUAUUGUGAACAUUGAUAAAAAUACAAUUGUGAAUAAAAGUUA